GGACGCCAGCGAGCCUCGCUCCCCAGCCCUCUCCAUGAAUGACCAAGGAAGAGCAUUGCCGCGGCUGGAAAGCCGGCCGCAACCCGGGGGUCAGCUCAGUGGUUCCAGCGGGCUCUGAGAGGAUCUUAGCGUCUCGGCCAGGGCUGAAGGAGAGCUCCCGCGAAGAGAUCCGCCGCUGCCCCCUCCCCUGGGGCCGCGGCCGGCCGGGACUACAACUCCCGGGGUGCACCGCGCUGCCACGCCACGCCCCUCCCCCAGCACCGUCCGGUCCAUCCCCAUCCCCCGCCUCCAGUCCCCGACCUGCUGCAGCCCGAGCUGGGGAAGCGGAGCGUGGUGGGGAGGGGAGCGGUGCAGGCGACCCGGGAGACAGCGGCGCCGCGGCCUCUCCCCACCAGGCGGCCCCGGAUGCCACUGGACACCCUGAGGGCACACCGACCCCUCCCCUCUUCUCUAGACUGAUUUGCAUCCUUCUCGCCCUUACCCUCCCCACCCUUGCCUGUGCUCCGAGCCUCCGCCCUCUGCUCACUCUGGGACCGGCCCUUCUCGGCUUCCCUCUUCCCUAGGGAGAUGCGAUGAGCCGGUGCCCCCGCGUCCUCCUCGCCGCCCCGGGCGCGGUGCUCGUCCAGUGCCCGUGGUGGGGAGGGAGUACCUCGCGGUCCCUCCGUGACGCCCCUCCUCUGGGCCCCCCCCCAGCUGGCGUCCCUGGGCCAUGCCCCGGGGGACCCAGCCAGGGGGUGGGCUCUAGAGCGAGGGGCGUGGAGAGGAGAAGGGACGGGGCCUUGGGCGCCUCUGAGAUGCUCCCAAGCGCCUGGUGGGGCCGAGAGAGGCAUAGGCAUCCGGGCGGCAGGCAGGAUGCCCUCGCCUAGUGACUCCAGCCGCUCGCUGACCAGCCGGCCCAGCACCCGGGGCCUGACCCACCUCGGCCUCCACCGGCCCUGGCUGCAGGCCCUGCUCACGCUGGGGCUGGCCCAGGUGCUCCUGGGCAUCCUGGUGGUCACCUUCAGCAUGGUGGCCUCCUCCGUCACCACCACCGAGAGCGUCAAGAGGUCCUGCCCAUCUUGGGCUGGGUUCUCGCUAGCGUUCUCCGGGGUUGUUGGCAUCGUAUCCUGGAAGCGGCCAUUCACUCUGGUGAUCUCCUUCUUCUCCUUGCUUUCGGUGCUCUGUGUCAUGCUUAGCAUGGCGGGCUCUGUCCUCUCCUGUAAGAAUGCCCAGCUGGCCCGAGACUUCCAACAGUGUUCCAUGGACGGAAAGGUCUGUGUGUGCUGUCCCUCUGUCCCCCUAGUCCGGCCCUGUCCCGAGUCAGGGCAGGAACUGAAAGUGGCCCUUAACUCCACCUGUGAAGAAGCCCGAGGAGCCCUCAAGAACCUGCUCUUCAGCGUCUGUGGGCUCACCAUCUGUGCUGCCAUAGUCUGUACACUCUCUGCUAUCGUCUGCUGUGUCCAGAUCUUUUCCCUGGACCUUGUACAUACGCAGCUGGCCCCCGAGCGCUCCGUCUCGGCUACCCUGGGGUCUCUGGCCUGCACAGCCUCACCCCCAGCCCCUCUCCUACACACCAUGCUGGACUUGGAGGAAUUUGUACCGCCCGUGCCCCCGCCGCCCUACUAUCCCCCUGAGUACACCUGCAGCUCCGAAACAGAUGCACAGAGCAUCACGUACAAUGGCUCCAUGGACAGCCCUGUGCCCUUGUACCCUACCGAUUGCCCCCCUUCAUAUGAGGCCGUCAUGGGGCUCCGAGGAGACAGCCAGGCCACGCUGUUUGAUCCUCAGCUUCAUGACGGCUCCUGUGUCUGUGAGCGGGUGGCCUCCAUUGUAGAUGAUAAAGCUGGAAGCAAAACUGCUGGGGAGGAAAGGAGCUGCCCUGCCCCGGCUGGGCUGGGCCAAGCCGGCGCUACCCAGCGCCCCCUGCCGCCCACAGUGUCCAUGGACAGCGGGUCUCUGGUGCUGUCCGCCAUCGGUGACCUCCCCGGGGGCUCUAGCCCGUCGGAGGACUCGUGCCUGCUGGAGCUGCAGGGCUCCGUGCGCUCCGUUGACUACGUGCUCUUCCGCUCCAUCCAGCGCAGCCGCGCCGGCUACUGCCUCAGCCUGGACUGCGGCCUGCGGGGCCCCUUUGAGGACAGCCCCCUGCCUCGGCGGCCCCCGCGGGCCGCGCGCUCCUAUUCCUGCUCUGCCCCUGAGGGCCCACCCACUCUGGGCGCCCCCACGGCUGCCCGCAGCUGCCACCGCCUGGAGGGCUGGCCGCCCUGGGUGGGCCCCUGCUUCCCCGAGCUGAGGCGGCGGGCCCCCCGGGGAGGGGGCCGCCAGGUGGCUGCUGCAGCCGUGACAGCAGCAGCAGCAGCAGCACCCCCCACGCGAGCCCCGACACGGCGCUUCAGCGACAGCUCAGGUUCCCUCACCCCACCGGGGCACCGGCCGCCUCAUCCGGCUCCCCCGCCACCGCUGCUGUUGCCGCGGUCCCACAGCGACCCGGGCAUCACCACCUCCAGCGACAACGCUGACUUCAGGGACCUUUAUACCAAAGUGCUUGAGGAAGAAGCUGCUUCUGUCUCCUCUGCAGAUACAGGGCUCUGCUCUGAAGCCUGCCUCUUCCGCCUAGCCCGCUGCCCUUCCCCUAAGUUGCUGCGUGCCCACUCAGCUGAGAAACGACGCCCUGUGCCCGCCUUCCAGAAAGUUCCCCUGCCCUCAGGCCCUGCACCUGCCCACUCCCUGGGGGACCUGAAGGGCAGCUGGCCAGGCCGGGGCCUGGUCACUCGUUUCCUCCUGAUGUCCAGGAAGGCCCCAGACCCCACUGGGCCUGGAGCCCGUGGGCAGAAGCAGGUGCCCCGGAGCCCGUGGAGCCGGUCAGGCCGAGAGAGCCUCCACCUUCGUAGCUGUGGUGAUCUGAGCUACGGCUCCUCCCUGCGGCGCCUCCUGUCCGGCCGCCGGCUGGAGCGUGCCGCCCGCCCCCACAGCCUGAGUCUCAAUGGGGGCAGUCGGGAGACGGGGCUCUGACCUGAGCUGCGUGUCACACUGAACGGAUCCAGAUGAUUGCUGGGGCCACAGGCACCAUCUGGUUGGGACCAGCAGCCCCCAGCGCCCCCUUGCACUGGCUGGCACAAAAAUCUGCUGUUAUACCCCCCCCAAGAUGUCCCUUUUCCUCCUACCUUUGGGGGCUCCUGCUGCUUGCCUCUGCCCCUCCGGACUGGGCAUUUCUGACCUGUGCUGCAGGGGUGUUCGGGCUUGCGGGGAGGGGCAGACGCCCUUGUUUACAGCACUCCCGUCCCUGCGGUAUGAACGUGGCUCCUCGUGAUGAGCGGGAGCACUCGGGCCCCAGUGUUAAGUAGAGCGGAGGAGUGCCUGUGGGCCAGGUGGCGAGGCAGGCCUGGGGCGGCCGACAUCUGAGCGGCUCCGGCUCCGCUGCCUCUAGCUGCAUGAACCUGGGCGAGUUAUUUAAUAACCUCGAUUGCCUCAUCCGAGAAACAUUGUGAAGAUGAAUGUUUGUAAAGCUCUUACCACCUAAGUAAGCCUUCAAUAAAUUCCCACUUUCCCCUUC